AAAAAAAUGAAAUAUUUUCAAAAAGGGAAGGAGACAGACAGACACUCAGACGACCUUUGAAAAAAGCUUUUCCGGGUUCAAUCAUCUCUGAGGAAGAAAGAAAUGAGGCAUAAUUGCUGCCAUCUUUCGUUCGCUUCAACUCUCAAGAUCCUCAAUUUCGUUCAAGCUUUCUUCGGUGUUUCCAUCAUCAUCUACUCCAUAUGGAUGCUCGAUCAAUACCACCGUCACUCCCCCGUCGACCCUCCCACAUCUAGCUCAGGACUCGGUAUUGCUAGAGUUUCCGAGCCCUUGAAUAAUCCUGCUGGUCUCAUGGCGAGCGUCGUUCUAGGGUCUAGUGGUGGUGGUGAUCAUGGGUUUAACCUUCGUUCCUUGGACCUUCCUGCUCCAUGGUUCAUCUACUCUUUUAUGGCGGUUGGUGUUUUGGUCUGCAUUGUUACCAUCAUUGGUUUCAUUGCUGCUGAAGCUAUCAAUGGUUGUUGCUUGUGUUUCUACUCUAUUCUCAAAACUCUGCUCAUUCUACUUGAAGCUGCCCUUGUUGCAUUCAUCGCCAUUGAUCGUCAGUGGGAAAAGGAUCUUCCGUAUGAUCCAACUGGAGAACUCAAUAGUCUCAGAGCUUUCAUUGAGGACAACAUUGAUAUAUGCAAAUGGGUCGGGGCUGCUGUUUUAGUGGUCCAGCUACUGUCACUCUUACUAGCCAUGGUUCUCAGAGCUAUGGUUUCACCUAAGAGACCCGAGCUUGGCGAUGAGGAAGACUUUGAGAACCCGAGGAGUAGAGCUUGGGACCCACUUCUUGGUUCUCAAGCAAACCAAGCCUCUGCUGGCCCAAGCAAGAGUGAAAACUGGAGCUCUCGAAUCAGAGAAAAGUAUGGACUGAACCAGAGUCAGGCGGUGAACCCGAAAGGCUGAUGAAGCCAAAUAAACAUGAUUCUGAAAGUGCAUGCGUCCAUAUGGUCUCUGUGAAACUCUUUCUCUAUGUUUUGCUCUCUGUAACAUUCUUUGAGUGUGCUUUAAUAUUUAACUCGAAAACACUGUAUUGUGUGCCAGUGCCACAUCAACCGCAUAAGCAUCUUUAUUUGUGUGUUUGCCUGUAGAAUGAGAAUCCCUUCUGUGUUAUCGUUUCCAGUAUAAAGUUUUUACAAAAA